GCAGCAUCAUUUUUUCCAUUUUUUAGCGCAAAAAUGGACACAAAUCCGCUCGGAAUCACGCUACCGAGUGACACAAUCACGCAAGAGUUCUUUCAAAACUACAAACUUCCCGAAAUCGAAGACUGUCCCGGAAAAAUCCGCAAAAACAUGACCAACAAUAACAUCCGUAAACGAUACAGAUUCACCUCGUCUUAUGUUCAGAUUUACAAUAAACGCCUUUUGGAAGCUGUUAGCACAAAUAACACGGAAAAAGUCUUAAAUCUCCUCGAAAAUUGCAACGUUUCGCCGAAUGCAGCUGACGAACAAAAAAGAUCCGCUCUUCAUAUCGCGACAACGCGAAAUUAUGUCGACAUGGUGCGAAUUCUCUUGGAACACGGAGCAAAUCCGAAUCAAGUUGAUUCCAUCGGAAAUACGCCUUUGCACUUGGCUUCAUGUACGAGACAUCUCGAAACUGUCACGUUACUCAUCAAAUAUGGAGCGUCAACACUCGUCACAGAUCGGAAUGGAUUUCAUCCCCUUGCUCUGGCCUACAGCAAAUUAAAGCACUGCGAAAAAUUCAAACCGAAAUGCAUGACGCAACAAGAGCUGGCAGCGUAUUACGACACAAUUGUCAACAUUUACAACUUGAUUCUGCACCAUUUUGACAUCCAGAAGAGCGAAGCCGAGUACAUGGACUUUAAAAAUAUGGAGGAAAAAUUCAGAGAGAUGAACACGAAGGAAGACAUCGACAAAGAGGUCAUGUCUCUGUUGGAGUCGCUGGAAAAAUUUACAGUAACGACCAAACCAGCAACGACGACGACGACAAAAAAGUUUUAGUGCCAGUUUAUACAUGAGAGUGCUGUAAAGAAAAUUUUUGCCAUUUUUGCAGUUUUAUAUGAGAAAAUUUUUUGAUAUAAAUGAGAGCAGCAAUAUUUCGUCGAACAAAAUCAAAUUUAUAGAAUUAAGACAAAAAAAAACUUUCUUCUUAGUGUGUAAAAUUUACAAAAUUUAGACUUAAUUUAUUUAUGAAUUGAAUUUUUCGGUACCUUUUUAACUUUAAUUUUACUCUUUUUAAGUAU